AUGGGCGCCUUCGGUACGCUUGCGUGCGCCUCGGCCACGAUCCUCACCAUCGGAUCCCUCGCCACGAUGUGCUUGAUUGUUUCCGACAUCAACGGACUCUACCGUGACGUCAUGGAGGAAUCCCGCACCACUCGAGUCGUUGCGGACGACGCCUGGGCCGAGCUCCUCCGCAAGAACGGAGCUCCAGAACAGUCGCGUGCUGCUGUCGCCAUGCUUUUCGGAAGAAACAAGAGAAAUGCCCAGUGCAACUGCGGAGCCAAGAGCCAAGGAUGCCCAGCCGGACCACCAGGACCACGUGGACCAGCCGGACAGCCAGGACAAGACGGACCAGACGGUCUAGACGGACCGGAUGGAGUGCCAGGAUUCACUUCUGCCAUCAAGGAGAGCUUCGGAGGAGCCUGCGUCUCCUGCCCAGCUGGACCACCAGGACCACCAGGACCAGACGGAUGUGCUGGAGAAUCAGGAGCCGAUGGAGCCCCAGGAAACGACGGAAAGAACGGAGCUCCAGGAGCGCCAGGAGGACCAGGACCACAAGGACCAGCGGGAAAUCCAGGAAAACCAGGACGCGGAGGACCACGUGGACCACCAGGAGCCAAGGGAACCACUUAUCUUCCGGGACCCGCUGGACACCCAGGAAACUCUGGACGCCGCGGACCACCAGGACCAGCCGGGCCAAACGGAAAGAAUGGAAAGAACGGAUCCGACGGAAUCCCAGGAGCCGGAGGAGCGCCAGGACAGCACGGAGUGCCAGGAGUCGACGGAGAGCCAGGAGCGCCGGGAGAGGACGCCGCGCCAGGAGGAGACGCCGCUUACUGCCCGUGCCCGAACAGAUCGGUGGCUGUGGAGGCGGCUCCGGCGACUUCCGAACAGGUCUACAAGACUCACUAA